AUCGUAAGCUCAGAGAUAUCAGGGAAAAAUGAUCAUAUUUGGAAUGAACCACUGGAAUUUGAUAUUAAUACCUGUGACUUGCCAAGAAUGACUCGAUUAUGUUUUGCUGUUUAUGCGGUUUUGGAUAAAGUGAAAACGAAGAAAUCAACUAAAACUAUGAAUCCUUCUAAAUAUCAAACCAUCAGGAAAGCUGGAAAAAUGCAUUAUCCUGUAGCAUGGGUAAAUACAAUGGUUUUUGACUUUAAGGGACAAUUGAGAUCUGGCGACAUAAUAUUGCACAGCUGGUCUUCAUUUCCUGAUGAACUUGAAGAAAUGUUGAAUCCAAUGGGAACUGUUCAGACAAAUCCAUAUACUGAAAAUGCAACAGCUUUGCAUAUUAAAUUUCCAGAGAAUAAAAAACAACCUUAUUAUUACCCUCCCUUCGAUAAGAUUAUUGAAAAGGCAGCUGAGAUUGCAAGCAGUGAUAGCGCUAAUGUAUCAAGUCGAGGUGGAAAAAAGUUUCUCGCUGUACUGAAAGAAAUCUUGGACAGGGAUCCUUUAUCUCAACUGUGUGAAAAUGAAAUGGAUCUUAUUUGGACUUUGCGACAAGACUGCAGAGAGAAUUUCCCACAGUCACUGCCAAAAUUAUUGCUGUCAAUCAAGUGGAAUAAACUUGAGGAUGUUGCUCAGCUUCAGGCGCUGCUUCAGAUUUGGCCUAAACUUCCUCCCCGGGAAGCCCUAGAGCUUCUAGAUUUCAACUAUCCAGACCAGUACGUGCGGGAAUAUGCUGUGGGCUGCCUGCGACAGAUGAGUGAUGAAGAACUCUCUCAGUAUCUUUUACAACUGGUGCAAGUUUUAAAAUAUGAGCCUUUUCUUGAUUGUGCCCUCUCCAGAUUCCUAUUAGAAAGAGCACUUGCUAAUCGGAGAAUAGGGCAGUUUCUAUUUUGGCAUCUUAGGUCUGAAGUGCACAUUCCUGCCGUCUCAGUACAAUUUGGUGUCAUCCUUGAAGCAUACUGCCGGGGAAGCGUAGGGCACAUGAAAGUACUUUCCAAACAGGUUGAAGCACUCAAUAAGUUAAAAACUUUAAAUAGUUUAAUCAAAUUGAAUGCAGUGAAGCUAAACAGAGCUAAAGGGAAGGAGGCCAUGCACACCUGUUUAAAACAGAGUGCUUACCGAGAAGCUCUCUCUGAUCUGCAGUCACCUCUGAACCCAUGUGUCAUCCUCUCAGAUCUCUAUGUUGAAAAGUGCAAAUACAUGGACUCCAAAAUGAAGCCUUUGUGGCUGGUGUACAACAACAAGGUAUUUGGUGAGGAUUCAGUCGGAGUGAUAUUUAAAAAUGGUGAUGAUUUACGACAGGAUAUGUUGACACUCCAAAUGUUGCGCUUGAUGGAUUUACUCUGGAAAGAAGCUGGUCUGGAUCUUCGGAUGCUGCCUUAUGGUUGUUUAGCAACAGGAGAUCGCUCUGGCCUCAUUGAAGUUGUGAGCACCUCUGAAACAAUUGCUGACAUUCAGCUGAACAGUAGCAAUGUGGCUGCUGCAGCAGCCUUCAACAAAGAUGCCCUUCUGAACUGGCUUAAAGAAUACAAUUCUGGGGAUGACCUGGAUCGAGCCAUUGAGGAGUUUACCCUGUCUUGUGCCGGCUACUGUGUAGCUUCUUAUGUCCUUGGGAUUGGUGACAGACAUAGUGACAACAUCAUGGUAAAAAAAACUGGCCAGCUCUUCCACAUUGACUUUGGACAUAUUCUUGGAAAUUUUAAAUCUAAAUUUGGCAUUAAAAGGGAGCGAGUGCCUUUUAUUCUUACCUAUGAUUUCAUUCAUGUCAUUCAACAAGGAAAAACAGGAAACACAGAAAAGUUUGGCCGGUUCCGCCAGUGUUGUGAGGAUGCAUAUCUGAUUUUACGUCGUCACGGGAAUCUCUUCAUCACUCUCUUUGCAUUGAUGUUGACUGCAGGGCUUCCUGAGCUAACAUCAGUCAAAGAUAUACAGUAUCUUAAGGACUCUCUUGCCUUAGGAAAGAGUGAAGAAGAAGCACUCAAACAAUUUAAGCAAAAAUUUGAUGAGGCGCUCAGGGAAAGCUGGACUACUAAAGUGAACUGGAUGGCCCACACAGUUCGGAAAGACUACAGAUCUUAAUGAUCAGCCUUUGCUCCUAAUGUAUUUGUUGGUUUCGUUUUGUUUUCAUUUUGCACUUGCACUAAAUUGAAGAUGACCCUGCCAGAGAUGUUAUAAAGGGAAUGAAAUUCUGGAACUCAAGAGUUAAGAACAAGGCAUCCUACAGAACCUGAUCUGAACAAUCCCUGAUGACCACUCUCUGCUUUUUGAGUGCUUCCAAGACUCAUGAAAACCAUCAGCAUUAUGGAUAAUCAUUUCCUGCUGACUUUGCACGCCAAGGAAUGCUACUAGGGAUUGUUUUCUGAUUUUUUUUUUUUCUUAAAGCAUUUGGUACUUUCCCCAAAAGGUGUAAAUACUUCUUUUCAGUGUUGUGACCAAGUGUUAUCACUCAGCCAACAACUUAUCCACACUUGGGGGUUGGGGGCUGUUCUUAUCUUCCAUAUUAGGUUUAAAAGAAAGGUGUCUUCCCUUUUAAAAUUGUGUAAACUACAAAUUAUAAUAUAAUUUGAACUUAUGAUUAUUUCUCAAAAGAAAUCUUUUAAAUCUGUGGGAAUGCAUUAAUUCUUUUGUUAAUAUUUAUCUUCCAUGAUAGCAUCAUUCCAACCAGACUUGCUGAAAAUCUACCGGUGAGGCAAAUAUAAUAUAUUUAAAAAUAUGCUGCAUAUAUAUUUAUAAAAUUUCUAGGGAGAGUUCUAUAUAAAAAGAUGUUUCUUCGGUAUUCUUCAGCCUGUUUUAAAGUUUUACAGAAAGCAGACGCUUUUUCCUAAGUUACUUUUCAGUUAAUUAACUGUAUGAUCCAGUUCUUCCAGCUGCUUCUCUAAUGAGGCACAUAUUAAUACAGUUUUUAUAUGGUAUCUAUGAAAGAGUUUACUUCAUAGAGCAUAAUACUUGAGCAAAUGUAUCUAAGAAGGCAAGCAAAUGAAAAGGAACCUAUUUAUGGAAUAAACUCCAGACCUGAAAUUCAUUAUUUUGUUAAAAUGCCAGCUGUUCUUACUGUAUUUAUUAAAACUUAUAAUAAUGUAAUUUUUCAAGGAUAUUAGUUCAAAUUAUAAUGGUUUCAAGCCACAUGGAAAUCUUUAAUUUAUUUGUUGAGGUACCAUAUAUUUAGGGUGCUAGGUGGCAAAUAAUGUUAAUAUGUGCAAUAGGAACUACUGGUCUGAAUGUGUAGAUGGAUGCUUUGAGUACUGGCAACAUCCAGCAAAACUACUGCUUAUUCUCCAAAGAAUAUUGGGAGCUCUCAAUCCUCAGUGAUAUUGGAAAGAGAACUGAGUAUUUGCCCUGUGACUGAGUUUUCUAUAGGAAUUUUAUUUAAGACUGUUUAAUUUUGUUGUCCUUAAUGUUCUCAGUCAAAUAAAUGGGUGAGCUGGUUUGGGCUGUUCUUGG